CGUGGGGCUAAGGGCGGAAGGAACGUGCCGACGAGCUGGACGUCAGGGCGGUGCUGAUGCGCGUGCGCGCCCCCGGCCGAGGUAACGGCGGGAAGGCCCGGGAGCGCGCCCGCGGCCGCCCGGUAACCGCAUGUGCGCUCGCAGGAGCAGCCUGGGGCGGGCAAAUCCCGGCCGGGAGGCCGAUCUGGCCCCCGAGGCACCGCCCCCGCCGGUCCGGGGCCGCCCCGCCGCCCUCGUCCCGCAGAUGUGCACCGGCGGACGCGGCCCGCCCCGGCGCGCCGCCCGGGCCCGCCAGGUGGUCAGUCCCCCCCGGGAGGACGGGCGGCGGGGAGGGCGAGCGGCCUCGGCGGCGUCGUCGUCAUCAGUGGAGCCGGUGGCGGGCCGCACCUCCUCCUCGGGGGAGGGCCCCCCGGCGCCCCCAUCCCGCGCCGGCUGCCGCUUCGGUCGCCAAAGCAAAGGAGAUUUGGCAAUGGAGGCGUUGUUGGAAGGAAUGCAAAAUCGGGGACGUGACGGGAGUUUUUUGACAUCCUGUGAAGCAGAACUGCAGGAACUCAUGAAACAAAUUGACAUUAUGGUGGCUCAUAAAAAAUCUGAGUGGGAAGGGCAAACACAUGCUCUAGAAACUUGCUUGGACAUCCGUGAACAGGAACUGAAGUCUCUAAGGAAUCAGCUAGAUAUAAAACACAAAGAGGUUGGAAUGUUGCAUCAGCAGAUAGAAGAACAUGAAAAAGUCAAGCAAAAGAUGACCAUGGAGUAUAAACAGGAGUUAAAGAAACUACAGGAAGAAUUAGGCAGGUUGAAGAGAAGCUAUGAAAAACUACAGAAGAAGCAUCUACGGGACUUCAGAGGCAAUGCCAAAAAUCACAGGGAAGAUCGAUCUGAAAUUGAGCGGUUAACUGGAAAAAUAGAGGAAUUUCGUCAGAAAUCACUGGACUGGGAGAAGCAGCGCUUGAUUUAUCAGCAACAGGUGUCCUCUCUGGAGGCACAAAGGAAGGCUCUGGCUGAACAAUCAGAGAUAAUUCAGGCUCAGCUUGCCAAUAGGAAACAGAAGCUAGAGUCUGUGGAGAUGUCCAGCCAGUCAGAAAUCCAGCACCUGAGCAGUAAGCUACAACGUGCCAGCGACACUAUCUGCGCCAAUGAGCUGGAAAUAGAGCGCCUCACCAUGAGGGUCAAUGACUUGGUCGGCACCAACAUGAAUAUCAUACAGGAACAGCGACAAAAAGAUGAGAAACUGAGGGAGUCUGAAAAACUGUUAGAGGUUCUGCAGGAAGAAAAGAGAGAAUUGAAGGCAGCUCUCCAGUCUCAAGAAAGCUUUAUCCAUGAGUCAAGAAUGCAAAAGGAUAAACUUCACACAAAAUUAAAAUCAACUGAUAUUCACCAUGUGUUAGAGGACAUACGGUCACUGGAAGAGUCUCAGAGGGAGUGGAAGCACACCCCUCGAGGGCAGGGAAGUAUAGACAAUGCACUCUCCCAGCUGGACUUCACCCACACCAGUGAAGAACUUCUGCAGGCAGAGGUGACUCGUCUGGAAAGCAGGCCACCUUCAGUUAGGCUUUCCCUGCUGCCACCCACUUCACUGGACCUGUGCUUUGUGAGGUCUCAGUGGACAUAUAACAGCUUGGAAUCUGUGAGUACAACAUGUAAACAGUUAAGCCAAGAACUAAUGGAAAAAUAUGAGGAGUUGAAGAAGAUGGAAGUACAUAACAAUGAGUACAGGGCAGAGAUUAAGAAGUUGAAAGAGCAGAUUUUACAGGCAGACCAAAGUUACAGUUCUGUGCUAGAAGGAAUGAAGAUGGAGAUCUCCCAGCUAACUCGGGAGUUACACCAGCGCGACAUCACCAUUGCUUCCGCCAAGAGCUCUUCCUCGGACUUGGAAAAGCGACUCAGAGCAGAAAUACAGAAGGCAGAGGAAAAAGCAGUCGAGCAUAAGGAGAUUUUGGAUCAGAUGGAAUCACUGAGAUCAGAAAAUCAACGUCUUUCUGAAACAGUGAUGAAAUUGGAAUUGGGUUUACAUGAGGCAAAAGAGAUUUCAUUAGCAGACCUCCAGGAGAAUUAUAUUGAGGCAUUAAAUAAAUUAGUGUCUGAAAAUCAACAACUGCAGAAAGAUUUGUUGGAUACGAAAUCUAAGCUGGAGAUUUCUACUGAGAUGUGCAGAAAGACCCAUGACACGAUUUUUAAGCCAACACACAGCAAAGCAGCUGAGUUCAAGAAUACAGAGUUCAAGCCAACCGAUGGCCAGAACAGACAUGAUGGACUAAAGAGAGAACGCUACAAAACAAGUCUUCAUUCUCCAAGAGGACAAGUGCUGGACAGUAUAGACUCCAAGUCCAGGGUCCUCAGCCCCCUGAGCCCUCAGAUCAGCAAUUGCAGCUCCACCAUCUCCUUGCCUUUCAAGUAUCAGUGCAAACCUCAUUCUUUGCCUUCAGUGCUAGAUAUAAACGAAACCAAUUUUUCUGACACUGUAUCUGAGAGUAUAAAUGACCAAGAGGAAUUUCUGUCUUCGUGUCCCCUGCCUGUAUCUCCUCUCGGUUCAAUAGCUACAAGGUUUUUGGAAGAGGAGGAACUUCGGUCCCAUCACAUCUUAGAGCGUCUUGAUGCCCACAUUGAAGAGCUAAAGAGAGAAAGUGAAAAGACGGUGAGACAAUUCACGGCCCUGAAGUAGCCCCUUGAAAACUGACAAACUUGGAAGCAAACACUGAAGAGUCACAGUCAUCUGAAGCGGCAGCUCUUUAAAAAAAAAAAAAAAAGAACAUGUAAAAACUGUGAAGAUGGGACGAACACUGAAGUGCUAUGAAGCAGUCUGAGCCAUUGAUGCUUCUGUAAGAUGCUUUUACUGCACUGGUUUGUUAGAAGAACUUUUUCCAUCAGUGACUUGUGAGAAUAAACCACUUUGCUAGUC